CUUUUUUUCAUGUUUAUUUAAUUUUUUUUUUUUUUGUUUGUUUACGAAAUUUGUAUCAUUUUACUUUUAAUAUUUGUUUAAUGUAGCAUAAAAUUUUGUUUUUAAUUUAAAUACAUAAUAAUUCAUUCAUUUAAGAAACAGAGACUAGAAGAGAUAUCAUUGCAAUUUUUUUAUCACUUAUUGAUUCGAUUCACACAUUUUCUUCAGCAGCAUGUUUAUCACUUCCUGUCGAACUUAAGCCAUAUCCUACCUCUUGAUCGCUCUGUUUCUCUUGAAAAGUUUUAAGUUUUCUCUCAAAGAAAAAAAUUUGUAUAGAAUUUUAUUUAAUCAAAAACAAAACUAUACAAAAAUCAAUAUCUAACCAAAACAAUACCUAAAUAUUAAACUUUCCGUGGAGACUUCUUUAUCGUGGAAUUGAAUUUGUGUUUUUCUAGUUAUGCUAUUUCCGCGUAGACGAAAAUUUAUCAAAAGGAAAUUCUGAACAAAACAUUGAAAUUGAAAAUCCCCUCAAAAACAAAUACAAAAUCAAAAGUGAAAAUUGAAAUUUUAAAAAAGUAACAACCAAAAAUGUAUGAAACAAAUAAGUUUUUUAAUUUGCUAUUCCGUGCAACAAUCAUUCCUGGAGUUAUAAUAGUACCAUGGCUAACUGGGUUGAUAUCCAUUGUAACAGUACAAUUAUGCCUGGUGUCAUUUUUUAUAAUAUUUGUAGUAUUCCCGCUUAUAUUCAGAUAUUCAUACACACUUCAAAGAGGCAUACUCUUUUUGACCUUCAUAACAUACCCAAAGAAUUUAGAUCUUAAAGAUCCAAAUAGUGUUAAUCUCUGUGCGACGAGAAACUUCUAUUUAAACGUUAAAGAUCCAGAUGUUGAUAAGGAGGAUGGUGUUAGAAUUGGCGUGUGGCAUGUUUUGCCCAUACAAUUGGUUAAGCGAUUUGCUAGAGAGUUGAAUCUUAAUGAGAAAUCUCUGGAAGAAAUACAAAACACCACAGAUAUCGAUGAUCCACAUUUAAAUAAAAUGGAAUCAAUAUACAAAGCGGAAUUCCCUGCGAUAAAUGAACAAAACGAACAAUCGUUCUAUGAACAAAUGCUCAAACAUCCGGGAACAAUAGUGCUCUAUCUGCACGGGAAUACAGCAUCACGAGGCUCUGGACAUCGCAUUGAUAUGUAUAAGGUUUUCAGAAAAUUAGGCUACCAUGUGCUGACGUUGGACUAUCGCGGAUAUGGCGAUUCGGAUAAGAUUGCACCAACCGAAGAAGGUGUUGUUCGUGAUGCCAUGACUGUUUAUAAUUAUAUAGCAAAUCGAACGAAUAAUCCGGUCAUAAUUUGGGGUCAUUCCCUGGGGACAGGUGUGGGAACACAUCUGAUGGCACAGCUGAGUAAUAUGAAUGUACCAGGACCAAGGGCGCUGAUACUCGAGAGUCCGUUUACGAAUAUUAAAGACGAAAUAAGAAAGCAUCCAUUUGCUAGGCCUUUCAAAGAUCUACCCUGGUUCGAUAUGACAAUAGCUAACCCCAUGUACUACAAUUCGCUGCGAUUUGAAUCUGAUCAACACAUUAGUGAAUUCCGCCAACCAGUGCUCAUAUUGCAUGCCGAAGAUGACUACGUUGUACCAUUCCAAUUAGGCUACAAAUUGUAUCGAACAGCAUUGGAUACACGAGGCAAAUCAUGGGGCCCCGUCGAAUUCCAUCGAUUCGAUGCUUCUUUGCACUAUGGACACAAAUUCCUGUGUACCGCACCCAAUCUCCCAGAGAUAGUUAAGAAAUUCGUUGACACUUAUAAAAAUGAGAUCUUUUAAGAAACUAUUAUAUGAAAUGAUAUGAAAUUCGGUAAAAGAAAAGAAAACAAAAGUAUAAAAGAAGUGAUCUCUCCUUUCUUUAUCUCUUGAAAUUCAACAUGAUAUUUAUUAGAUUUCUAAGUGAUACGAGACAAACAAAAAUUGAAUGGCGAAUGAUGAAACAGAAAAAGAAAA